AUGCCAGAGAACAUAUCCGUCCAGGAGAUAGCCAAACACAAUAUUCCCGAAGAUCUGUGGAUAGUAGUCGACGACAAUGUCUACGACCUGACGGAAUUCGCCCCGGAGCAUCCAGGUGGAGCAGCCAUAAUCCACCGCUACGCAGGCCGUGAUGCCUCGACGGCAUACAAUGAAAUCCACGCCCCAUCUCUCAUCAAAAGUUCUCUCGACGCCUCAAACCAUAUUGGCACACUCGACACCUCAUCCAUAACAGAUACCUGGGCCAUACCCCCACCAUCAACCACCACCUCCUUCUCCCGAGACUCGAAACCACCUCUCGACACCCUAAUAACUACACACGAUUUCGUAUCCGUCGCACGCAAGACACUGACGUCGAAGACAUGGGCAUUCUACUCAUCUGCAGCCACGGACCUACAAACGAAAGCUAGGAAUAAUUCUGCAUAUGCAGACAUCGGGCUCAGGCCGCGGAUACUGGUCAAUGUCAAGGAUGUCGAUACAAGGACCCGCAUGCUGGGCCAGGACAUGAGCGUGCCUAUAUUCUGUUCGCCUGCUGCGAUGGCAAAGAUGGUACAUCCCGAAGGCGAGAAGGGAAUAGCUCGUGGGUGCAAGAAAGUAGGGAUCCCACAAUGUAUAUCCACGGCCGCCUCGUUUCCUAUAAACGAGAUCUUCGAAUCUGUCAGUGGCGAGGGUGGCUAUGGCAAGUUUGAGGGCGAUGGAAAAUUGCCAAUCUUCUUCCAGCUAUAUGUUGAUAAGCAGCGGGAAAAGAGCGAGAAGUUGUUGAGAGAUGCGGAGCGCUUGGGAGUCAAAGCGAUUUUCGUUACUGUUGAUGCGCCGGUUCCGGGGAAAAGAGAGGCGGAUGAGAGGGUCAAGGCUGAUGAGAGGAUAUCGACGCCGAUGAGUGGUGUGAAAGCAAAGAAUGAUGCGAAGGGUGGUGCAUUGGGGAGGAUCAUGGGCUCGUAUAUUGAUUCGUCGCUGUCGUGGAACGAUAUCCCUUGGCUGAGGAAAUCAACGAGUCUGCCAAUUGUUUUGAAGGGCGUGCAGACUUUCAUGGAUGUGAAGAAGGCGGCGCAUAUUGGUAUUGAGGGAGUUCUGCUCAGUAAUCAUGGUGGGAGGAGUUUAGAUACUGCGCCUCCACCGAUAUUGCUACUUCUGGAACUGCAGAAGAACUGUCCGGAGAUAUUUGAUAAAUUAGAAGUUUUUGUCGAUGGCGGGGUAAUGCGGGGUACGGAUAUUUUCAAAGCACUGUGUCUUGGUGCAAAGAGUGUAGGUAUCGGACGCGGCUUUCUGUAUGCGCUGAAUUAUGGGAGUGGGGGUGUGGAGAAAUACGUCGAGAGUGAGUUUUUCACCUACUUACGUAUGGAUUGA